CUGAAACCGAAGAAACGGUCAGAGCGCCAGACAGCGCGAGCCAUCCCAGUCAGGAGCUGCAGCGGGCAGGGCGGCAGCAGCCAUGAGGAAAAGGUGAUCUAUUACAGCCCAGUCUAUACUGCCAUCAUUAGGGACCCUUAUAGAAUUUAUUUCAAUAUCCCGAAAACCUAGUCACCUUGUGACAGUCAACUCCCAUCACUCUCAGCCCACCUCACAGUAGGUUCUGGACUGCAACCCCCAACAGGCACAGGCAUCCUAAUAGCUGGAUAGCCUCCCCUUUCCGUGCCCAGUAUCGCCACCCCAGGCUGUCGUGCAGUACGCACCUUGUGUUUCCCCUUUCCAGGACGUGGUUUAAUCAAAUGUAUUAUUGCAGCAGAGCUGACAGAUCCCUGUCCAUCAAAAGGGAACAAACUUGCCACUGGACUGCAACUCCCAUCACUAAUCAGUGAUAUAAUCUGUCUACACAUUACGGGACUGGCUUGUAUUUUAUUUGUUUUUGCCCACAUUUUUAUAUUGUUGCUAUUUUAUUAAUAUAUUAAUGGUACAUAUUGAAAUAUAAUGUCAAUGAAUGCCUAGCAUGCUCUCUGUAUGCAGGGUGUAUUGUACACUGACUGUAUAUACUAUAUAUAGGAUUACAUAUUGUACACUGACUGUAUAUACUAUAUAUAGGAUUACAUAUUGUACACUGACUGUAUAUACUAUAUAUAGGAUUACAUAUUGUACACUGACUAUACUAUAUAUAGGAUUACAUAUUGUACACUGACUAUACUAUAUAUAUAUAUAUAUAUGAUUACAUAUUGUACUCUGUGUAUACUAUAUAUAGGAUUACAUAUUGUACUCUGUGUAUACUAUAUAUAGGAUUACAUAUUGCAGGGUGUAUUGUAUACUGACUAUAUACUAUAUAGGAUUCCACCUUGCAUGGUGUCAGUAAUCACUGCUAGGGGUGUGAGCUGUUUAUAUGGAUUUUACUGACCUCUACCUGGCUGAAUAGUUUGCAUUCAAUUGCUUCCAUUGAAUUUCUAUAGUUUUGCUGUGUGUGUGUGUGUGUGUGUGUGUGUAUGUUGCUUUUUUUUUUUUCCAUACCGUUUUUAUUUUGUCUUGUGCUGGUGUGAUCCUAAAACAGAAUUGGGGUGGUGCUGGUGGCAGGCAGGCAAUGUGUGUGAAAUUCAUAGUAUGUCUAUUAUUUCCAUGGAAGUGUGUCAGCCUUCAGUAGUGUUUUUUUGGCCUCAUGCCACUGCUCUAAGCUGCAGGUCCUAGGAUUGGCUUUACCAGGACAGAGUGAUGAUUGUUCUAAUACAAGGUUAUGAUAUUUUGUUAAAUGAAUUACACAGAUGAACCUCAUUGACUGAAACAGUGCGAUUUACAUGAUUUUUGAUCGCUGUGAGUGAGGUACCAUCCUGCAUAUUCUUUGCAAUCUGUUGACAUAGAUGAAAUCAAGGCAAUAGAAGUAAUAGAAGAUACUUAUAUUUACUAAAUGGAGACAUUAAGUACUUAUUUCUCCCAUUUCAUACGCUGCUUCUCCUUAUAUCUUUAUUUUGAAUAUUAGAACCGUGAUACAUAAUACUUUUAUUUGGGGUUAGAGGUGAAUAUUAAUGCAAAAACAGGUGUCAUUCUAGGGUUCCGUGCUAAGUGAGGCAUAAUCGCUAUGGAAACCAAUAGUUUUUCUCACUAUUUAUUGUUUUGCACCCAGAAUAGCACCUGUUUUGCUUUUGUUAGAACUCCCCAUUGUAUUUAUUGCAUUGCUCUUUUAUUGUUGAAAAGUUAUUUGAAGCUAUUUUUAUAAGCAUGGCCAAGUCCCCUUAUGUCACUGAUUAAUGUGAUCUCUUCAGUACUUUUCAUUUUUAAUUUUAUUAUUUUGCAAAUUUACAUAGAUAUGCACUUAUACCACCAGCCCAGUAAUUUUAUGGCAACUUCUCUAAAUUCCUGAGAUUCCGCCGUUACUAAUGUGCUUGGUGUAAAACCUGUUCAGGAGUUCAGUUUGUGAGCUAAUGAGUAACACAGUAAAUUGUAAUAAUAAAUCUUUAGAUCUCUGAGAUGUUUCUGGAUAUUUUGGAUCUAAUAAAGUACUGAUGGUAAAUACAUUUGGUGUAGGAAUUCUAAGCUGCAGGGUUUGCAUUUGGUGUUUACCUAGCUAUUGUUCUUGGAAACCUCUGAAUAUUUGUAUACAUGACUCCCUUUUUACUAAGAUCCUUUGAAUUGUUUGCAAAACUGUGUAAUUAAAGAGAGCCAUUUUGUGUGGUAAUUUUAGAGUUGAAGCUUGUAGAUAUAGUUCAAUAAUAAUAAAAAUGCAAAUCUUAUUUUAAAUGCCUAUGGCAUUUUAAAGUUUCAUUGACGUUCCAACUCAUUCAAUAUUUAACAUAAGAGAAAGUAUAGACCACUUGUGCCACACAUAAGAUGUUCUAUGGAGAAUCUGGGGGUUCUCUUUUAUUUUUGUGCCUGCACGAGGCUACAACAAUGAAGCAGCGCUGGGAUAUGAAGGCAGGAUCAAAAAGUUGAUGGAAGCACCUAGGUGAGCGCUUUAGCUUCUCCUCUGGCUGCCAUAUGAAGUGGCCAUGCUGCUUCUGUGUAUUGUUUGCCCAAUAUUCAAGGGCUGCAAAAGUAAAAGCCAAAAAAACACCUACUUUCUAAUCCAGCAUCAUUUUUACAGCAUCUUACACCGAAUUAACCAGCAUAAUAUUACAGAUAAGGGAUACCUACUUGAAAAUGAACUUUAACUGAUUAGUCCGACCAUGUGAGUUGUUUAUGAAUAUAAUCUGACAGCAGUGACACCGUCACUAUGCAUAAUUCAUGCACGUGAUUCGUUUAGGGCAUUGCUUUCCCCAUGGACAGUCAGAUACUCUUUAAUCUAAAUAGUUUUCCUUACUUUGCUGUGAUCUUGUGCCUUCUAGGAUGAGCUUUCAAUUUACCGCAGCCAAUCGUAGGCUGUCUAAAUACUUGCUUGACUGCAACUACAAAGAUUCUGAGGGCGUUUGGAUACCUGUUGACUUCCCUGAGUUAGAACAUUCUGAAUUUGAUUUGUAUGCCAGGCCAUGCAGAUCAACCUGCUAUUAAUACAAUUUCAAAUAAUUCAGAAAAGGGUACAGUUAAGAAAACUAAAAGCACAACCAAAGGCUAAAUUUUAACUAGUAAUUAGAAUGUUUUUCCUCUUCUGAAGUUCUGUUUCGGAAGUUCUAGCUGUGUUCACUGGAGUGGCUGUGCUCUGCUCUGAAGCCUUGAUAAACUCCCUAGUGUUCUUGGACUAUUUUGGUAUGUCAGCUCAAGAAGGAAAAGCAAACAUGGAAUGAGAUCAUCUUGUCUCGCCAACCCAAGCUUUUUGAGGGUGUGGCUGGAAGCUUUUAUAGUUAACCGUUAAAUUUCAAUUUGAUUUAGUCAUAUUGCAAUGAGAACUUUUUUUUUUUUUUUUUACAGCAUUUCAUGGUGUUAGAGAAACUGGCAUGUUUCUGUUGGUGGCCAUAAUCCUUUCUCUGACCACUAUAAACACACAAAGCUUUUGCUUGAAUGAGGUCAGUUACCUCCACAGCAUCUUUCCAGAAUGCACAAACCAUACGUGCACUUACAAUCCUUAGCUAACGCUUUAUAAAAUCUUUAUGAAAAACUUGGUCAAGUUGAAUGAGUGUCAUUGAAAUUCCAACACCAUCAAUACAGAAAAAAGUUAUUCACACAAGCGUGAGAUUAAAGCUUUAGUCCUAAACUGCAGAACUGAAGCCAUUUCUAACUUGUAGAUGUUUUCAAUUCAGCUAUUUUUUUUUUUUCUUAAGUUUGAAUUCCUGACAAUUCACACAUUUGUGAAUAACUGAAAAAUAGGGGAAUGCGUUGCUUUAUUUACAACUUUGGACAUGGUGAAACUGAUGACUGUCCCGGUGCCAAUGAUAUGUCAUGGCUUCCUCCAUGAUAGUCCAAACCAAUACUCCUCAUAGAGGAGCAUCGGGGACAUGUUGUGCAUACAUGGUGAGCGCUGCAUGCAUCCAAGCUUCCCCAUAGGAUAGCAUUGUAUUCAAUGUUUUCCUACGGUCUUCCCCAUCAUGUGACAGAGCUUUAUUCUAUCACUGCUACAGAAGCACCAUUACUGGCUGUCAGUAGUGGAUUUCUAACCUUGCAAUGUAAACAUUGAAGUUUCUAAAUAAAACUGCAAUGUUUUACAUUGCUGGUUAAAAUGACAGGGCUCACAGCAUGAAGACCACUUCAUUGAGAUCAAUGGUCUGGGUGACUAUAUAGUUUCCCUUUAACCCCCAAAUGUCAGAAAAUUGAGCAGUGAGGCUGCAGGGGCAUGAUUUAUAUACCAUAACUGCUUCACUAAGCUAAAGGUGUUUAGAUUCUAAGUUUCUGACUCUUUGUAAAUUAUAACAAAAUGCUAUGUUCUUUACAGAAAUAUUGUUGCAUUAUGCAUGUGGAAAAAGGAAUAGAUAGUAGUAUUAAAGAAAUACUGUGCCCACCAUAUCAACAUAAUCUAAAUUAUGGUGCCAGGAGGCUCCCAGGCAAGCUCUUACCAUAAAUGAUUAAACCUUUCAGGAACGGUUUAACCCCAAAAGCCGCCAUCCAACGUCGGGUCUCCAGGUCCCCCAGCAGCAUUCCGUUUCGGAACGUUGUUUCAUGAAGUGCGGAGUGCAGUCUUACAGGGGCACCACAGAUUGGCAAGAGCAAUCAGCUGACGCUCUGUGCCAAUCAGUAGCUUACCAUUCAUGAAAAACGUAACCUUUUUUUUUUUUUUUUUUUAUGAAUGAGGAGCUACUGAUUGACAUAGUGUCAGCUGACCACACUAACCAAUCAGCAGCGUCCCUCCCCAGUGGCACCGUGCUUCCGGAAACUCGGGUUUCAGAAACCUGAUGCCUUUUGGGGUUAAACUGUUCAAGCCUUACGGUAAAAGAGCACCUGGGGGCCUCCUGGCACCAUAACUUCAUUUAGCUAAAGUUAUAGUGACACAAGUGUUCCUUUAAUAUACUACUGCAGAAUAAGGUUCCACAAAAAUAAAUAUUUUGUAUGCAAAUAUAAUUUAUAUAUGCAUAAUAUUUGCAAUCACACAUACGAUAACUUGAUCUUAUCUCUUUUCUUUACUUGCUGAAUUUCAUUAUGGAUUUAAUUUUUUUUUUUUUUUAAAUCUAGCGAGGUCAUAGCUGCAGAGUCUGUAGCCUGUCUAAAUUCGGCACUGGCACGCCUUCGCGAUAUCUGGGAAGAAAUUGGUAUACCAGAAGACCAGCGCCUCCAAAGGACAGAUACAGUAAGGAAACAUGUAAACGUAAGUAGAAAUGAGCAAUAGAUUUGUUUAUUAGAGCUUUAUAAAUAUUGUACACAGAUUAAAAUUGGGUACACAUCUCGUGUGGAUGUAAAUUUACCCGUUUUAAAAGCGGGAUUUCUCAAAUUUCCAUUAGACUUAACACUGAAAUUGACUUUAUCUAUUGAUGCAAAAAAAUAAUUGACAACUGUAAAUACAGUAGAGUGGGCGAAGGGCACUCCUGGCAAAGUGACUUAUACAGGGAGCUGUAGUGGUUAUGGUGCUUGGAGUGUUCCAUUAAUUUCCUAAUGAUGUGACCCUUAAAGGGACAUUUUAUUACUUUCAGGCAACUCUCAUUCAAAACCUUUAGCUUUGAAUAAGACGUUUGCCUUACGCUGCAGCAGGCUGAAAAAAAAGCAGGUAAAUAUGAUAAAUUGUUUUCUUCUUCUUCUUCUUUCUUAUGCCUUACACACCCACUUGAGGGAGGCGCUGAUCUAAUCCAUCCAUGUCCCAUCCCUAGGAAUGCUGGUAUUGGGCAUUAUAUAUAUAUAUAUAUAUAUAUAUAUAUAUAUAUUGUGUGGAGUUGGAAGAUCUCUACACCUUGCAACAUCCUGAUUAGUGUGAUUAGGCAGUGCAGUGUCUGUCGGUUUCUCUGUUCUGCUGUUGCACAAUGAUGCGUGUUUCUUUCAUUAGUGGACUGGUCUGUAAAGAUGAAGGCUGAAGAAACUCCUAGCUGAAAGGCAUGCCCAAAACUGCAAUCUGACCAAGCUUUUAGAAAGUUUAUAAAUAUUUAUUACAUACUUUUCAAAGUUUUUCUUGCUUUAUUUUGUAUAUUUAUUUGUGUUUUGCUGCUUUAAAGGGACAUUAUAGUCCCCAUAACAAUUACAGCUUAUUGAAUUUGUUCUGGUGGGUAUAAUUAUUACAUUCAGGCCUUUUUUUCAGUAAACACUGUCUUUUCAGGGAAAGUGCUAUGUGUUUACAUUACAGCUUAGGGAUACCUCAAUUGGCCAUUCCUCAUAUGGCUACUAGAGGUGCUUCCUGGGGCAGUUCUGCACACUGCCAUUCAGUGCAUCCACCCUCUGCAUGGAGACACUGACCUUUCCACAUAGAGAUGCAUUGAUUCAAUGCAUGUCUAGGAGAUGCUGAUUGGCCAGGGCUGUAUUUGACUUGUGCUGGCUCUGCCCCUGAUCUGCCUCCUUGACAAGCUCAACCAAUCCAAUGCUUUCCUACGUGAAAGCACUGUGAUUGGCUCAGAUCAACAUUUCUGAUGUCCGUCAAGCAGGCAGAUCAGGGACAGAUUUUUGCUAUAUUUAGGGGGAGGAGGGGGUUGGAUGGUAUUUUUAACACUAUAGGAUCAGGAAUACAUGUUUGUAAUAAUUAAGUGAUACAUGUCCCUUUUUAAAAUGACAUGUCUUAUUGUGAUCAUUCUAAUUUCUGUUUAGAAAACAUAUAUUACAUUUCAUCAGUGUCUAUAUCCCCCCCCACAGUUACUUCUCACACGGAUGAUUGAAGAGGAGGAGAGCUUGAAGGAGCGUCUUCUAAAGAGUAUUGAUGUUUGUCGCAAAGAGCUGAAUGGGCUCUGUUUGGAGCUACAUCUCCCGCCCUUUGAAGUAAGAGAUCACCAAACUCCUCUAAGCUUAAACUUCGUUAUACCUUCAUUGCCAUUGCUCUCCGUUAAUGUUGUUAAAUAGGUUGCAAAUGUAUUCAUCUGUGAGCCGAUUCUGAUAUCUGUAACUGUAAAAUGCCCAAUAGUUUCUGAAACUAACUUAUUACUCCGGUUUUUUAACAUUUUGGUACUUAUUCCAUGUUUGUUUUGAAUUAUAGUGUUUCUUAAAUUCUGCCUGCUAGUAUUUAGAAACCUGAAAGUAUAUUUUGUCAUGUUUUAGAUAAAAUAAUCAAAGCUAGGUGAAUGUAACUUUUUUAUAAAAGCUAUGGCUGUCUGUAUGCUUUUGACUUUUUAAACUUUUAUCAUCAAAUCUGCAAAAAAAUACUAAAUGCUAGUCUUUGAUCUAGACUUUGUGCGAUUAAACUUUUGCUAAUUCAUUUAUAAUGAACUUACCUUGUGCAGGAGGAGGAGGACUGCACUAUCUUGCAGUUGGAGAAGGACUUAAGGACCCGUGUAGAAGUCAUGUUAAAACAAAAGAAGGAAAGAUUGCAGGAACUAAAACUGUUAAAGGAGCGAGAGCAUGACUUGUGUGACCUCUUGUGCAUGCCUAUAUUAUUGAACGUUGACGAUCAUGGUGUUCCAAGCUUGGAGGAACUAGAUCAAUUUAGGAGGCGGCUUGCUGAACUUUCUGCAGAAAAGGUUCUAUUAUCUGUUUUAUUCCCAAAAAAAUGUGGUCUGUUAGUGACAAUAUCUCGCAAUUGUUACAUAAUCUUCUUUAACUUUAGGAGCGCAGGGGAAAGGAGUUUGUGAGUGUCAAAAGGCAGAUUAUUCUUUGUAUGGAGGAAUUGGAUCAUCUCCCUGACACAAGCUUUGAACGAGAUGUGGUGUAUGAAGAAGAGGAAGCUUUCUGCCUCUCAAAAGAGAAUAUUGCAUCUCUCCAUGAGCUACUGUUUCGGGUAGGUGGUUCUUAUUUUUACCACUAAAACCCAAAUAAAAAUUUAUAAAUCUUCAGCAUUUAGCUGAAACUCAGUGGGGUUAUGUAGACAUAGAUGUUUUUGUAUAGUAACAGAUAUGUAUAAAUUAACUAUCUGAUGCCUGCUACAGUGUGAGAUUGUUUCACUGAUGUCAAAUGCUGUAAGUUAAGAAUCUGUCUUCUGAUCGUUGGCAUCUUCACUACUGUUAUUACCUUGUAUGUGAUAUUCAGAAUAAUGAUGUUCGACUCUUGCCCUGACUGUGCUGUGACAGAAGUACAUUUCUGAUUAAUAAGAAAGUGGCUUCAUAAUGUCCCUGUUUGACAAGUGUGUAAUCUAUAAUGAGCUCUUGCAAGUGGCUCUUCAGAUUUUGAUUUUGUUUGUUCUAAACUGGUUUUACUAUUUAGUAAAAAAAAAAAAAAAAUUUGUUUUUUUAAUGUUCUAGAAGGCAGAUUUGGGUUUAGGGCUUCCUAAAUAGCUGCAUUAUAGGUAGGGUAUUCUAGAAGCAGCAACACUAUAUUAAUUACAACUGCAGGUUGUUGCAGUCUUCCAGUUUAUCAAUAAUGUCACUUUCAUGUCAUGGGGGCGUUCUAUCAAAUUUCCCUACCCGUGAAAAUCCUCGUCACUUCUGGUGAGGGGAAUCAGCUGGAUCCUGUGCUGCACAUGCGUGCUAGCACUCCUGCUACUCCGCCACAGCAAGAUCCUGGAAGGUAAGUAAAACUAGUUUUACACUUUCAUUAUAGUUAGUGCAUUCACUAAGCUUAGGACAUGGGACAUUUAGGGUUAAUAUUAGGGUUCUUGUUAAAUGGACCCUUUAAGCUCCAAAAAAUGUGUUUAUCUGCUGUCAUUUGCCUUGCAGAGUAUGAAAUGCCAGAAAUGGGCAAAGGUCUAAAUUACUGGGGGUGACAGUGGGGACCAGUGGACUCUAGGGGUUAUGGAGCAAGGAGAAGAAAUGGUACAAUCAUUUUGGAUAAGAUGUAGUGUACAUCAAAUAAAGGAUAUAUUCUGAGGUUCUGCAAAAAAAAAAAAAAAAACCUUGGCCAAAACUUAUUCUAACAUUUUAAAGACUAAUGUCUGUAAAGUGGUUUUAUUUAACAAUUUCCUAUGUUUUUGCCACGGGCACUUUUUUUCAAUUUCAGCUAGAAGAGCAGAAAACAAAAAAUCAAGUGUUAUGCGAUGAACUGCGAUCCAAAAUAACAGAACUCUGGGAUCGACUUAAUGUUCCGCAGGAAGAACGCGCUGCUUUCUCUGAAUACAUGACUACUGGAUCCAAAGCAAAAAUCAUGAACGUGGUAAGUGUGCUAACUAUUAAUUUCUAACACAGUCUAUGCUGCCAUGACUACAUCAUUCUGCUGUAACUGAGUCAGAGAGUGAGAACCCCUGGAAAAGGCUUUAAUUCUGCAACUCCUGAACUCCUCAUUUUAUUUUUUCCCCUCUUAACAGUUACAAGAGGAAGCAGAUCGUCUUCAGAAACUUAAGUUGCAGAACAUUAAAAAUGUUGUUGAAGUUAUUCGAACUGAAUUGACAUCUUACUGGGACAAAUGCUUCUACAGCCAGAAUCAAAGACUAGGAUUUGCUCCUUAUUAUGAUGGUUAGUGAUUGUUUUUCACACAUAUAUAUAUAUAUAUAUAUAUACACUGCAUAUGUACUAUAUUAUAUCAUGUAUAUACUCUUGAUAAAGGUGUGUUUGCACGAAGACGUCGAGCUUUUUGCUGGUGUGUUUAUUUUAAUUUACACUAAUUUGAACGGGUGGGUCUUUUGUUGGUAUUGGAGAAGGCAAUUAUUGAUCAGAGUAGCAAGUUGUGGCUCAUAUUCUAUCAAUAGAGGGGACUGCCUUGAAGCAGUAACAUGGGAUUAGCACCGUUGUUUGGGAAUAACAGAUGGGUUUGAGACUCUCCCCUUUUUAUUUUAAACUUACUAUAGACAGCUCUUUUAGUUGCUUACUUAAAGGACCACUAUAGUGUCAGGAAAACAAACCCUUUUUCCUGACACUAUAUAAUCCUUAGGGGCCCCCCUCCCGCUGGCGGUGACAUCUCCCCCCCCUCCGACGCCAGCGCCCAAGUGGAGCCAGAUGCGCAGCCAGACCCACACGCGCAUUAAAAACGCCCAUAGAUAAGCAUUGAGAAAUGCUUUCCUAUGGACGUUCUGCAUGCUUAAAGGACCACUAUAGUGCCAGGAAAACAUACUCGUUUUCCUGGCACUAUAGUGCCCUGAGGGUGCCCCCACCUUUACAAUGCUUUCCUAUGGAUGCUUGCGUGCUCUCACUGUCAAAAUCACAGUGAGAAGCACGCAAGCGCCUCUAGUGGCUGUCAAUGAGACAGCCACUAGAGGAAAUAGGGGGAAGGCUUAACCCAUUCAUAAACAUAGCAGUUUCUCUGAAACUGCUAUGUUUAUAAAAAAAAAAUGGGUUAACCCUAGAAGGACCUGGCACCCAGACCACUUCAUUAAGCUGAAGUGGUCUGGGUGCCUAGAGUGGUCCUUUAAUGCGAUUUUCGCAUUGAGAGUCAGGGAAGCGCCUCUAGCGGCUGUCAGGAAGACCGCCACGAGAGGCUGGAUUCUCUGAAACUAUGUUUACAUCUGAAGGGUUAAAUCCUGGGGGACCUAGCACACAGACAACUUAAGCUGGAGUGGUCUGGGUGACUAUAGUGGUCCUUUAAUAAUUUCCUUGACUCUUACUCUGUGCAAUACUCUGGCAUGCCUCUGCCUGCUAGUAUUUAACCCUGACUGUGCUUUUUAUACUAGUUUUAUAUUAUUUCUAACUGUGGCUCUCUCUAACCUAACCACUAUAUACCAUUAAUUGCUUUUCUCUCUAAUCUAAUCACUGCUUAGUUUUGAGCAUGGGUGGGUUUCCCUUUUGAUAUCUCUCGGGGAAAUGUAAUUCUCUUUUUUUUGGGGGGGGGGAAAGAGAGAAUACAGAUGCAAUUUAAUGAUGGCUUAAAGUUUUCACUUUGUUGCAACAGGUGCCCAUAAUGUUCUUUCCUUGCUUAUAGUGCUGACAUAUUCUCUUAUUGGAAAUAUGUUGUAUAUUAUACCUUAAUGGUGGCUGUAUAAUUUAUGGCGCCAAUGUACCACUGGUGUAGUUAUUUGUUCUUAAAUAGAUUCUACAAUUAAUUCCGAAUUGGGGCCCUCCCGGUGUUUAACCAUGGGAGAUACCUAAAAACGAAUAAUACAAAUAUAUCUAUUUUAGCUAUGACUAUUGUGGUUGGUUUACAUAGUUAUCUACGCUUCUGGAGUUAACCCUUUGAUAGAACCUUUUUCACCUAUAUGAGGCUUAGUUUCUCAUAAGGGGUUUUUGGGUCCUUACAACAGGUGUAUAUAGUUCUCGCUAUAUGUACUUUUUUUUUCCAACAUUGGCAGGAUAUUGGAUGUUUAAAUUUAGCAACAUAGAUAUAGCAUAAAAGGGUUGGCUUUUUGUACAAAGCAAAUAUUCAACCUUUAAAAUGAAUUAGGAUGUAUUAUUUAUUUAUUUAUUUUAUCUGUUGCGUCCUCCUUUACGAACAUUUUCUCAUUCCCUCCCUAUUCCCUACUUCUUCCCUUCCUAUUGAUUCUGUGUGAUGCUUAAAUUACCUACCGAACACCUUUUGAGUAACAGUGAGACCUCAUGUCCUACAUCUGGAACUCCUUUUUCUUCUAUAUACUGUAUUGGCUUCAUUUUGGUGUACAUUAUGAGUGGCUAACUUAACCUUAAUCCUGUUUUAGAGGAUUACGGAGAGGACCUGCUUGCCCUCCAUGAUGCCGAGAUCAGCCGUCUAAAACAUUACUACGAGGUGCACAAGGAGAUGUUUGAAGGUGUACAGAAAUGGGAAGAAAACUGGCGACUCUUCUUAGAACUUGAUGUAAGCAUGAUGCAUGUGUGUGAUUAGAGGGCAGUGCAUGUCUUAAGAUCCUAGAUCUUGGAGGUGAACAGUUUUAGAGAACUUUCUUUUAAUACCCUAGCUGAUAGCUAACAGGCAAUUUAAUACAUAACCAAUCUUGCAUUUAACAUACACUCAAAAAAAUUGCUUUGGACGAAGCAAAAGUAUUUAAUUUUUUGCCGGUUAAUAAAGCCAGAGAUUUAAUAAGUUUUAAGUGCCUUAAGGCCAGGGACCGACGAGUAAAUCGGCAAGUUGGCUGUAAUGCAUGAUCCAGGGCAACAAACUCCAGGCACCACUUCCAUGACCACUUCAGCUGCCCUGUACUGUGCCCUAUACGCCCUAUAAAGCCAUGAGACUAAAUGUGUUUUUUUUUGUUUGUUUUUUUUUUUUGUACUACUGAUAACUUCCUUUAAGGUAGGUCUGCAGCAGGUGCAGGCCACUAGUCCCUGGUUCCUCCCCUUUAACGUCUCAUACUUCUGUCUUGGAUCCAUUGUGAUUUUUAUUUCAUGGUUUAAAAGUGUGGAGAUGAGAGACUUUGCAGGAGUUCUUUUCAUAGGGAGAAGAACUCCUACAAUGUCUCAUCUCAACACUGUUAAUCAUAAAAGAAAAAUCACAAUGGAUCCAAGGCAGAAGUACAAUAAUCAGACUUGCGUUAAAAAGGGGGAAAAACAAAACAAUUUGGUAAAGUGGUUUUUGACCUUCCAUGUUUCAUUUGUACAAUCUUAUGUUUUAAUAGCUAUAAACUGAGCUUAACUGAAGCGAUCUGGUUUGGCGCAUUAAUACACACUGCCGUUUAUUAGCUAAAUGGCAAACUGUCAAUCACCGACUAUACAGACCAGAUUAGUCCUACUGGAAAAUGUCCUGUUUAGGAGAGUUGUAGAUUUUCUAAAUCUUUAAACUGUAGAGAGCUGCUGCUCUCGUUGAAGCUUUACAUUGUUCCUAUAUAUUCUGCUUUGAUUUUCAUUGUAGAAAAAAGCAACAGACCCCAACAGAUUCAAUAACCGUGGAGGUAACCUGCUAAAAGAAGAAAAGCAGAGGGCAAAGCUGCAGAAAAUGCUUCCAAAGGUAGUGUCAGCCAGUAUGCAAUGCCUCUUCUAUUUACUGUACAAUUAUUAUUCUAGUGCUUUCUGUGUCUUUCAAUAAUUUCAGGAUUUUUUACAGAGUGAAUUUCAGAUUUGAGGUAAAAAAAAGUCCGCUAAUUCAUUUUGAAUUCUCACUUUAGUGAAUAACAAUGGUUGGGUCAUUUUAUAUCUUUGAACACUGCGCUGAAACGCAUCCUGAAAGAGAUUAGGGGGUUCCAUAUUCUCAACUUCAUUCAUCAUUUUCACUGCUCGCACUGUGGUGAGAGCUCUAGGACCAUUCAGAGUGUUUCAGCAGUGCUCUUUGCAUGGUCUGCCAUAAAAUGGGGCUGGCCAGGAGACUGUCUGUCUCUGGAGUACUUGACACCAGUAUGUAUGACCAGCUCCUUCUCAAGGCCUGCCCACACCCUGUCCCAAUUGCAUACCUGAUUUAGAGAAAUUAAUUUGGUUCAAUGAUAAGUGUGGGAGCCCACAGACUGCAUGAUUUCUGGCUCUGAAGCUUUUAUCCACACAUGACAUUGACAAUAUUUCUUUACAUUUUGUGUGGUUAUUUUUUGUGAAACCAAUUAAUUUCUUUCUUUUAGAUUAGAUCUGAUGUAGACCUCAGCUGUUAGAUAAUUAAAAUUAUGCUUGCCAACCGUUAAGGCCGGCUUAGUUCUACAACAGCCUGGUAUCUACCCAUUGUCCCCAGUUAAGAUGUGGAUAAAUCCAUGUGGGUUUUUAGUUGUAGCAGCCUUUACCUAGAGUAGUUGGAGCAGUGGAUAUAGUACAUGUAUUAAUACAUCUGGAUUGUGUAUAUAAUAGUGUUUUUUUUUCUCCUGUGUAGCUGGAAGAAGAGUUAAGAGUUCGCAUUGCGGGCUGGGAGCAGGAACAGGAUCAAGAAUUUUUUGUUAAUGGUAAAAAAUUCAUGGACUAUGUUACGGAGCAAUGGGAACAAUUAAACAUGGAGAAAGAGAGGGAGAAACAAGAGAGGGUAAGGAUACUUGUCCUGAAACAUGGGUUUUGAUUUCAAGAUAUUUUCUAUUUAUUUAUUUUGCCAGUAUUCACACCAUGGCAGUACUAGUCUGUUUAGAGUUUGGUUUUAAACUAGUUAACAUUCUGUUACCCAUCUUACUCCUACCCCAACCCAGUGGUGUUAACCAUCAGUUUGUUGAUCCCAAAAUCACACACUUAUGUAUACUGGUGUAUGGCGAUAGACCUGCACAGCUAUAAUAAUCCACAAAAACAACCUUCUGUAUACUGGUGUAUGGCAGUAGAUCUGCAAAGACCAAAUAUUCCACAAUCACACCUUUUAUAUAGACAGAUGUAUGGCAGUGGAGGUGAUUUGUUACAAUAAUCCACUGUAACUCACUAUGUAGACUGGUGCCUUGAAUAAGCUCAGCGAUGAUCGUGUACUGAGACAAUAUUGUGUUUGGAGUGUGCUUCUUUAACAUCAGAAAGGCACAUUCUAAUACGUUUCUUAUACCAAAAUAAAUUAAAAUGACCUGCUAUGACAGGUCAAUUUCUCUUUGAAUCUGACCCGAGCACAUGGCAUUUAUUUUGUUCCCAGAGAUUAAUCAGGUAGUACACUUUUUGUUUUUAAUACAGCAAAUAAAGAAAAACAGACAGUUGGAAGAGGAGAUGAUCUAUGGAAGUGUCCCAAAGACUCCUACCAAACGGAGAGUUCUUGGGUCUACUACCCCUGGUAAAGUUCGUAAGGUAUGUUCAGCCUUGACAUUGACAAACCUUCAUACAGCCCAUUAACACAGUCCAAGGAACACUCUCAAUCUUCUAAUAACUUGUUUGUUUACGUUGUUCUGGGAGCAAGAGUGGCCGGACACACCUGAUGCUCUCAGCUGCCACUGAGUUAACACUUUCUUAUACUGCUGUGUAGAGAGGAAAGCAAGUGCCAGGUUCUGGAGCGCCUACUUCGGGUUUACACCAUUUCCAAAUGGUUUAACACCUGGCGGUAAGAAAAUGCCCGGACACCACUGCCCCUAGAACAACUUGGGCCUGUCACUUCUCUGAAAAUUACACACCUGAAUAAGACUUUAACCCCUUAAGGACACGUGACAUGUCAUGAUUCCCUUUUAUUCCAGAAGUUUGGUCCUUAAGGGGUUAAAAAAAUUUUUUUCCCCCAAGUGAUGCUCCAUUUUAUGUAUACAUGCAUUCUGUAUAUAUAAAGUGUAUACAGAAGCAUUAACAAAUAGCAACACAAUCCAAUUCUGUCCAUGCACAGCCAGGACACAGUGUAAAUGAGUAGGAAUAUAUGUAACACACACACACACACCCCUACUCGUUGUCUUAGUGUCGGCUGACUGCUGUAGCCAAUCAGCAGUGCCCCUACCCAACAUGAGAGCCAUUAUUGACAUGGUCUCUUGAUGCGAAAGUAAAUGCCUUAUUCCUCAAACUCUGGCAAGUGACAAAGCCAAACAAAAGUUGUGCCAGGUGUUGUCAAGUGGAAGAAAAAUGCAUAAGGCAAAAUAGUUCCUAUGGUGCCUUGUCUAUUUUUGUAGAAAAAGAACAGAUUAGGAAUAAGGAGAAGAGGAAAGAUUGACACAAGUUAAGUAUAGGAUGACAGAGCCACUUUACGUUAUGGGAGUGGAAGUAUUCCUUUAAAAAUAAAUAAAUUCCUUAUGGACAUUAAUUGCUCAGUGAAACAUGCUAUUGUAAAUUUAAACAAACCUUCCGAAAACUGAAAUGGGGCUACUGUUUGUGAUUAGGUGUUUUAAUCUCUACAGUGCUUUAUCUUGCUAAGUAAGCUCUCAGCCUUCGAUCCUCCUCCUGGGCUGCAUGCGCGGCAACAGCUGCGCGCGCAUUCAGCCGGUCUCAUAGGAAAGCAUUCAUAUUGCUUUCCUAUAGACGCUUGCGUGUUCUCACUGUGAUUUUCGCAGUGAGAAGCACGCUAGCGGCUGUCAAUGAGACAGCCACUAGAGGAUUUGGAGGCUGGAUUAACCCAUUUAUAAACAUAUUUAAAAAAAAAAAAAAAAUGGGUUAACCCUAGCUGGACCAGGCACCCAGACCACUUCAUUAAGCUGAAGUGGUCUGGGUACCUAGAGUGGUCAUUUAAGUUGUUCUGGGGGCAUGAGUGGCCCUGAUGCGCUCAUCUGCCAAUUACCUCUUAAUGUUAAUGUCAAUUUGAAUAUUAAAUAAACAGAACUGAUUCUUCUAGAAGGGGUGUUUUAGUAAGAACUUCAUUUUUCCCCUUUGAAUGGCAAAGGAGCCAAUUUUCAGCAUAAUUUUACAUUUUCCACGAUUUCUUGUUUAUGGAAAAAACACUUUUUUUUUUUAUUUUGCACUCAAUGCAUGUAUUUUACACUGUUAACACAUUGCAUGUGCAUGUUAUUUCUGCUCCCCUAAUUUUUCCAUGCUUUUUGCCCUCAGCUUCAUGGCACCUCUGUCUCCAGUGCUACCAACAGCACCAUGCGCUCUGCAUUCAGUGGAACACUUUGCCACUCUCCUGUGACACGUCCUCCACUCGCUAGUGGCAAGGUUAGUAACCUGCACUGAUAUGCGAUGGCUUCUUGGUCUCCAUUACAAAUGCUGCAUUAAUAUUUUUAAGCUUUUAAUGGCACAAAUAAUCCUUCCUCACUUUGCUUUCUUUUCCUCACUGCUGAAAUGUUUUCUGUUGUAGUGUAAGGAAUAGGUUAUUGAAUGUAAUAGUAGCUUUAAGGAGACUUGAAGCAAGGUUGUCAUGCAGACCUACAUCUUCAAUCAGAAUACUUUUCUGCCAUGUAACAAGAACAUGACAUUUCUGGAAUUGUUUAAAAUAGGUGUUGUGAAAUUAAAAUUAUUAAACCUAAACAUAUAUGUAAGUUUGGAGCUGUACAUUCUAUUGAAUAUUCUGUUUGCAAAAAAGAGCUACACAUGCUUUCACACUAGUCAUGUCAGUGAAUGAAUGUAGUGAUUCCAAUGGUGCUAUAUAUUCCAUCACACCAUAGGACAAUGACCUCUAAUCUCAGAUGGAAGCAGCAAUGAUGUGGUGCUGCAGUACAUACACUUGUUUAGAUGGGCAACUCUAAUAUUGCUGACCAGUGUUUAGAAUUCUGCUUUCUGGCCUCUGAAUUUUGCAAUGUUCUCCUCAGAAUACUAUUUUCUUUUAAAGCUAUAACUACUAUGUACCACUACGGAUUGCAGAGAAUUGAGAAGAGCUGUAAUUAAACGCUAUGACUUAAUAGCAACCUGACCUGUAUUUUGCUAUUACUGUUUUGUUUUUCUAUCCGGUAUUUCAAUGUGAUCUUUCCCCAUUUUAGCAAGGACUGCCUUCACGGACCCCAAGUAGAGUGUUCAAGACUCCACAAUCAAAACGGCUAGAGAAGAACAAAGAAAAUAUGUCCCAGCUAAAUGGAACCGCUAUGAGCGGUGGGUGCCAUCUCUCAAUUCCUGCCCAGCGUAACAUCAGCGUUAACUCUGUUGCCAGCACCUAUUCUGAGUUUGCGGUAAUUCACCUUUUCUAAGCCAAGAGGCCAAAAAGCUUUCAAUCACAAAGCAGCACACAGUCAGGAAAGCGUCAAUAUUUUAUUUUCGCAUGCCUGGUAGAACAGCAGAGUUUUGCUGAUUUUAAUGCUGCUGCAUGGCAAAAAAAUCUAGUGAUUUAGAAAGCACGGUACCGCAAAACUCCUCUAAUCACAAUCCAAAUACUUGCAUGCAUUGUAAUUCCAUAACCCAGCAUAUAAAAUGUUGACUUCUAGAAGGGUAUAGUAUAGAACCCAUUAAUUAUAUCACCAACAAUAUUUGUGGUGUGUGUGUGUGUGUGUGUGUAUAUAGUUUCUAUUAAACCCAGACCCUUUCCUGAAAUUCUACAUCUUCCUGCUUGAUACUAGAGCUCCCUGCCAUGCUUCAAUAUGCAUUAAGGACUCUACAAGGUGGAUUUAACCCUAACCUGCCUCAAACACACUGUAUUUUUAUUAAUUGCAUGUGUUAUAUCUGAAAGAAAGUAAUCCCUCUUCAGUAAAUCUUCUGGCUCUGAUUUGUGUGAUAAAACCCAGCAAAUAACCGAAUUUCUGUUUUGUCAUGUAUACAAAUUUGAGUGGACUAGUAACUUUCCAUUGCUAACAAGAAAUUUGUCUGCUAAACUUUUUCUAUUUAUACUUAAUGGAGUUUUAAAAAUAAGCAGGUAUGUCUGCUAAGUUAUUCUCUAUUUGUAUUACUUCAAUGGUCACAAAACAAUCCAAACUUAGAGUGCCCAGCUAGCUCACCAAAUGCACCUGCUGUGUCACAAACCCUUGCCGUAGAAAUGCACCUGUUGUCACAAACACUUGCCAUAGAAAUGCACUGCUGCUUAGAAAGACAAUACAGUGGUCGGGUAGGACAGAUCUUUGGGUUAUGGAGUGGGUCAGAUAUAUGCAGAUAGACAAUGCUUGACAGUACAGAUUAAUAUUUUGGAUGUCCUUAUUAUGCACUUUAGACAACACAAGACAGGAUCAAACAUAUCCAUUUAGUCAAAGGGGUGUAAAAUAAAGGUUAAUACAUGUCACCAUUCAUAUUUCUUGUUUAUAGAGGGAUUCUACUCAUAUUGACUCCACAACCACAAACUCAAACUCCAGGUCUGUAUUCACCACAUAUAUCCAUACCUGGUGCAUGCCUUUGGGGAACUAUACUAAGCCUUCUCUUAGUGGUUUAUUCACUGAACUGCAAAAUUAAACACAGGUUAAAAGUGUAGAAAUGUAUGUAUUGGCAUCUUAAAGGGGCACGCUCGGACAUAACUACAAGUAUCUGUGUAAAUUGAAGUAUUGGUGCCAAAACAAAAGUUAAAAAUGUGUCCACGGUUACUCAAAGUUUCAUAGCCACUCUAGUCUGCUGUAGUAGUUAUGGUACCAAGCGUACACUGUCAAGUUUCUACCAGUAAGGAGGAAACUUUACAAUGGUUUGUCAUUUCUCUGGGUCCUGCUGGGUGUCGGGUCACAAUGAAUGGUGGCAAAAUGACAUCUGGUUUCUGCAGAGGCUAGACUUCAAUCCUGCCAUUCAUUCAUUGUCAUCAGCUGAGCACUGCCGUUCACCAAAUGAAUAUCUGUGCAUAGAAUAUCCACAAAAUUAACACUAGCAAGCCAAGGACACAUGAUCCAUACAGACUAAUGAAAGCUUCCAGUAAUGGAGAUCCACCUCCAGUAACUAGCUGCAUGAUUCGGUAUGUGCGCGUUUCAUACUGGUCCUUGCACCAUGACCACUUUAAAAUGCUGACGUUGUCAUGAUGCAUGCAGUAACUCUUUAACUUGUAGGGAAAACCACUUUCAAAUUCACAGGAGGGUUACUCACUUGUACAGUUCUAGUUGAGAAUUAGCAAGGGAGUUGCACUAUUCGGGCCUAAAACAAGUAAUUCACCUGCAAAUUCUCCACAAUACGGAGUAUAGUGGGAAAGAGAGAAAACCCCAGUGUGUUCACUAAGGCCAUAUACAUACCAGCAUCUCCUUGGAUUUAGCUUAGUCUGCUCUAUGUGAAUAAACCUCUAAGUUACGUUCUGUCCUAAAGGCUACGGUAACAUACACUGAACAACUCCCACUCUUCCUCAGCACCCUGGUUUCCAUUCCAGCUACUAACAUUUACCUUAUUUCAUUUUUUUUUUUUCCUCUUUGUGCUUGGUUAUAUUGUAUUCAUGUUAAUGUUGCAGAUCCUGCUUACCUGCCAGUCAUUGCACACAGACUGUACAUAGAGCAAGCUGAUCCUGACUGUGUAACUGCUUUCAUUCCUAGCACGAUUUGCUGUGCUAUUGCUAACUGUAUGUAAAUGUCUUUUUAUUAACCCAACUAACCAUGUUUUGUUUUGCAGAAGCUCCUUAGUACAUGGCUUCAUCUUCUUGCUGUUGCUAUAUUAACAAUUGGCACUUAUUCCGCUUAAAAUAAAAUGAACACACUAUAAGCACCACAAGAACUAUCACUUUUUGUGUUGGCGCUAGAAACCUGUCCCUGGACCUUUUUAAAUCCUUGUCAAUUUUUUUUUCAGGUUAAAGUAGCUCUCUCCAAACAAUUUAUUGUGAUUUAAUUUUUAAGGAUAGAAUCUUAUAACAAUUGAUUGUGUUUUCAGCAUUUAUUUCAAUUCCAAAGCAGUCAAAAUAUAUGACAAAGAACUAACUAUUUUGUGUUAUGGGUAAGCCUAAAGUUGACAAAACUUUACAAAAAGGCAAAGUUGCCGCUUUCCAGUUUUGUUGCAAGCAGUGGUGGGAAUAUGACUUCCUAUAGAUAACGAUACUUGGUUUGUGAAGGAUCUUUCAGGAUCCUCCAUACAUAUCAAUGUUGUACUUAUGCAUAAGAGUACAGCAUUGACUUGACUACUGGUGGAUAAAGCGCCAGGAGCUGAAAAGGUCUGCAUGGGAUAACAUAAGGCAAGUAUAUCUACCUUCCACUGCCCAGGCAUUGCAUCUGAAGAGGGGAUGUCCCUUUAUGCAAGGCUCUUAACUGCCCCACAAUAUAAUUGUCUCUGGGUAGCACAACAUGAGCACGUCAUAGACGCACUUGGACCAGUGCAGUCAGUGCUUCUUUGUCAGCCUAUGGUGCUGGACACCAGGCGCUUUAGUGAGUGGCACUCAAGUUGUGUCACUGGUACCCACCCGACCCCAUUCCAUUAACUCCCAAUGUUGAAGUGUAUGCUUUAGGGGAUUUUUGCUAAAUAUGUGCUAGCUGUACUGGAAGCAGGCACACAAUACUGAUCCCUGACUGGCUUAGAACAGCUGUACUUGGAAGAAAAGCUAGAAUAUUGACAGUAAUAUUGACAUGAAUAUAAAGAAAAUGACAAAGAUUUAAAAUAUAGGGCUAGGAAACUUUAUUCAAAUAUAUGACUACUAUAAUAGCAUGUUGGUUAUGGACUUUAAAGUGUUCUUUUAGGCCUGAUUUUCUUCAUGGAAUAAAAUUUUUUUUGGUCAGAGUAACCCUUUACUAUGCUGAUCCCAGCAGCCGGAAAGGAGUGUUAGUUUAGGCACAUAUGUCUUUUGACAUGGCUAGAAGAAGAAUUCAAAUAUUACAUUGGACACAAACAUUUAGUUCAGAACAACCCCAAUGUAUUUUGGCAGCUGUGUAAGAUCUGUACAAAUCAAAAUUUAGAACGGUGGGCUCAUUUAGUUCUGAGAAAAUGGGUCUGUAAACCAGGUUUAAAAGCAAAGAAUUUAAUGUGUUUUAAAGCUUUAAUAGUGUAAAACAAAUGUGUAUUUAAUGUCAAGCAGUGUUACUUUUUUUUGGAUUAGGUAACCUUUUGUAGGUUAAUAAUACUUGCACCCAGAGCUUCAUAUGAACUGUUUUACAUUUGUGAUUAGAGUAAAGUUGACAAUGUGAGAUUUAUUGGCUAUGGUUUGUGCAUUUAUUUAUUUUUUUAUGUCUUGUGCCCUAAAAUUCUCAAAUUAGUUUUUUUCCUUUUAUAUUGUAUUCCUGCAUAGUCUAUAAAGUUAAACUGUACAGGGCAGUGUACAUGUGUAUAGUACUCUUAAAGUAAUAGCCAAGCAGGCUAGUGAUUUCUCCCCUCAACUAAAAAUUAAAUAAAAAUAUCACCCUAUUUUAUUUUUUUUUCAUUUUAUGAAUGGUUGCUUUCAAGCUCUGUAAAAAUAUUUACUUCUGUCUUGCAGCGAGAACUUUCAAAAGCUACAAAAUCUGAUGCAAACCCUCGAAUUCUGAACUCAACUAUUACUCGUACGUAACAUCCAGACUUCCACGGAAAAUUAAAGAAAAGACCUAAUGGCAACGUGAAUUUUCACGUUUAAAACCCAUCUGUGCAGUCUCAUAUCAGAGUUCUGGAGUUCCAGAUAAAAUCGAAUUGCCUCGUUUGAGGAGAACACGUACUGCAGGCCGUGUUGUUUAUCGCGCAUAUUUUGCACUCUCUCUCAUCUCCUUAGCUAAUUAAUCAACUAGCUCCCAGGAAAGUUGCUGAACUGAUUAUUUUUGCAACAAUUCGUUUGCAUAUAUCCUCUAUUUUGCGAUUUAAGUUGGAAUAUAUUUAAUAAGAUCAUAUUCCUUUACACAAGACUCUAGUUCUCACAAGGUUUAAUGUUUUAUUUGUGUAUAUAUACGGUUUUUAUGUAAUCAUGAAUACCUUUGCACCUUUUUAUGAUGUCACUACAACUGUUCUACAAAGCUUUUUAAAAUUAUUUUAUUUUUUUGCCUAAUGAUGCAUAGUAGGAUUGUCUGGGUAUUUUGCAUGCAACUUCAAUGAUCCUUUGCCUGACAAAGACUGGUCAAGGAACAUGGAUGUUAUAUUGUCAAAUCUCAACUGUAGGUAGAGAGGGCACAAUUCAGCAGCACAUAAAGGAUCUAGUCCAUGUAGCUAUUCUCAUUGUGUACCAUGCAUCCAUUAAUUCUAUUGCUAUUCCUAGUAAACAAGCCCCUAAAUUUAACAGUAAUUUCAAAAAGUUAAAUGUCAUAUUUAUAUACAUUUUGUUACAGAAAAAAAUUGGCUAGUUUGCUUUUAAUUCAUGAAUAAAACAUUGUAAAAUGUAAUGAUGGUACAAACAUUCUAGAAUUAUACGUGUUGGUGUAAAUUACUUGCUGACAUUUAAAUCCCAUUUUAUUUUGAUGUAGAAGUAUCCAGCAUAGGGCAUUUUGAUUGAUAAGGAAGUAUCAUGCAGACCUAUUUCGCUGUUGCACAUAUACAUCUGUAUGAGAUUCCAUGUUUGAUGUCAAUAGCCUUUCAAUCCUCAAAGCCAUUUGGGGUUAUUGAUAGCCAACACAUUCAAAGGAAAAUGUUUUUUUAUUCUUUCAUAUUUAAAAAAAAAAAAAAUAUGCAUUCAUUUGACACACUUUUUAGUGUUGUUGUAGAGUUGUGAGUUUUUUUUAUAAAUAUUUUUCACUGCUAUAUUGUUUCCUCAUUUCAUCCACUGAUAUAGCAGCAUAGGGUGAUGUAAUGCACUCCUUUAGGACUGUUAAAGUGCUGGUGUACAGAAGCUGAAUGUGACUGUGACAACUUUGCAGAUUCAUUAGUCAUACAGGGGCAAGAACUAGUGUAAUCCUCAACAGGAUCUAUGCUUUUAAAACAACUUAUUUGCAUUUUAUUAGGUGAACUGUGUUGUUCCCUUACUUAGCACUAAACCUGCUUUAAUUUGCCAAACACAGCACUCAGUAGAACAGAUUCUAGAUCCACAGCUGUCUGUGGAAGACGGCCCUAUACAACAGGAGAUGUUCAGAAGAGCUACACUGGGACGGCUCUGGAUUAGAAUUUUAACUUUUUUGUAGUUAAAAAAAAAUAAAAAUAAAUAGGACUCUGGAAAGAGCACAGAAAGGCUUGGGUCUGAUGACUAAAACUUAUUAAUACGGAAUAGAAAUUUGUACCUCUUGCAUUAAAGAUAUGGCAAGUGGAGUGAGCAGAACCACAUAAAUCCCCCCUGCUUUUUAUUUAUUUUUUUCUUGGUGUUUUAUGCAAUGCAUUGAUGCAUAAAUGUAGCAUAGUUUAUAAGAUCUUUGAAGAAAUGGGAAAGUUGUCAAACAUUUUCAUUUACUUGGUUGCCCAUCUUUGUGAGCAGAUGAAUAAAACUGCAACUUUCACAGUAACUUGUAUAAGAGCUGAAUUCCAAGCUCAAUAGUCUGGUGUUGAUUCACAAAAACUAGUAAUCCUAUAUAAUAGCAAACUUUUCCUGGUCUGCUUUGGGGCAAACUUUGUCAUUUUGGCUAAACCAAUUUGUGUAGUGGUAAAUCCAUAAAUAGUGGUGUCAAGUCCAUGCCAAUUGCUAGUCCGCUCUUUUACAGGUAUUUUUGUGUAAAUGGUUAUAUUGGGGUAUCUGUAUUUCUUAGCCAUCCUCUUCCAAUUCUCUAAUCAUACAUGUUUUUAAAACCUGUUCCCUCUGCAUCAUUUGCCAAAAAAAAAUCAAAAGGCUGUGGCAACUUGUCUUAUGUACUUCUUUUUGACUUGUACAGUACCUGUAUAGUAAAUUAAAAUAUAUACACUACUACUUGUUCUGGUUUCUGUUUUGAUGCCGGAUAUUCACAAAUCUGUAGCUGACUUACAUAAUGCAUGCAUACAUACUUUGUGUGGAGAAUCUGUGGUAGAUAUGGAUUCAAGCAAUACUUUUGAUUUUAAAAAGAC